AUUCAUAGUGGUGCCGCCGCCGCGCGUGUAGGUGGGAGGCCGUGCCGCGCCGCUGCAGUGCAACCCGUGCUCUCUCGCGCCCGCGUCCGGCCGUCGGUGCGUGGCCGCCGGUGCCGCGCCCCCGAUGCAUCUGACGGAGGACCUGCUGUUCGCCGGCUACCAGGAGCGUCAGCGCGGCGCGAUCAUGAGCGGCGUGGCUCCCGAGCUGUACCUGAGUGAGCGCACCUACAACCAGGUGGCCACCGAGCACGGCCACGAGCUGGUGCGCACCGGGUCGCCGUGUUUCGUGUGCACCUGCCUGCCGGCCCACUGGCGCUCCAACAAGACGCUGCCGGUGGCGUUCAAGGUGAUCGCGCUCGGUGAGGUGGCCGACGGCACCGCCGUCACCCUGCGCGUCGGAAACGACGAAAACCCCUGCGGCGAGCUGCGCAACAACAUGGCCUUCAUCAAGAAUCAGGUGGCCAAAUUCAACGACCUGCGCUUCGUCGGACGCAGCGGCAGAGGGAAGAGCUUCAACCUGACCAUCCAGAUCUCGACAUCACCUCCUCAGAUAAUGACGUACAACAAGUGCAUGAAAGUCACCGUCGACGGACCUCGGGAACCACGCAGCAAAACUCCAGGACAGCACCAGUACCGGGCCUACGGCAUCGGGCAGCGGCCGUUCCUGGACACACGGUUCUCGGACCACCUCAGGGACCUGGAGCACUACCGCCGCAAGUCAGACGGGCUGCCGUUCAAGGUGCACGGCGCGCCGGCCGCCACACCAGAAGCCAGUCAACUGCUGCAGGAGUCGACAGGUCACUGGGGCGGCUACGCGCCGUCGCCCUACUCGUACCUGCCAGGCGGCCUAGCGGGCAGCGCAGCGGCCCUGCAGGGGGCCGGGUACUCGCCGGCAGCGGCGCUCACCUACCAGACGACCGGACAGGAGGGUUCCGGCGCGCUGGAGCACCACCUGCCAGCUGUGCUGUCAGACCCGGCCCAGCAAGCGACCCCAUCUCAGCAGCAGCAACAGCAGCAACAGCAGCAACAACAACAGCAGCAGCAGCAGCAGCAGCAGCACGACGGCCAGCCGCCGGUGGGCUCGUUUACACCGCCCGGCUUCAAGUCCGAGCCGGAGGGGGGUGGCGCGCCGGCGGCCGGCGAUGUCUCUCCACCCCGCUCCGACGGCUUCCCGUCGUCGGCGGCGGCCGGUUCCGGGUACUCGGCGGCCGGCGCGUACGGCGGCUACCAGGCGGCGGCGGCGGCGGCCGCGGCGCCCUCCUACCUGGGCGCGGCGCCGCUCAUGCUGUACCCGCACCUGUACCAGGGCCAGCUGGCGGCGCACGGCGGCGAGCAGCGCGACGGCUCCGGCGGGGUGGCCGCCGGCCAGUACCGGCCCGCCGGCGAGCAGCACUACCCGGCCGACUGGGCGCACCACCAGCACCAGCAGGCUAUGGGCGCCGACGGCCUGGACGCCCGGUACCGGGCCGGCGCCGGCGACCCGUCCGUCUGGAGACCCUACUCGUGGCCGUCGGAGCACCGUCAGUAGCCGGUAGUGGGCGGGGCGCCGGCGACCACCGCUGCCACUCACCGCACGCCGCCGCCCCGUCAGACACCCGCACUGGUACAGCGGCUCGCACCCACUCCCGGAAGCGGGACGCGUAUUCGCCAAUAGUAUUACACGAAUCGGCCCGACCAAUAGCGUGCCUCUUGAGUGACGUCAGCGUGGCGUCAUACGUUCGGUCCUCACCCUUGGUGGAGUCUAUUGAAGCUAAGUUUUAAUUUAAGGACAUUUAAACUCCUUCAUACGUGUGACCGUCGUGGCGCAAUGGUUAGAGUAUCGGAAUGGUGAUAUGGAGGUAGGUGGUUCGAAUCCACUCGGCGACGUCAAUUUUCGUGUUAUCUAUCAUUGUGCGUUUUUUUGGAUACAUUUGCAACGGCGUGCACCUAAGAAAUCAGAGGUAAGCAUUCU